ACAGUGGUAAUUAAAAACAGUAUUCCAACCAUUACAAUGGACAAAAAAGUCUGUUUCCUAGACUUUGAGCGAGAAACUCUUGUCAAUUUGGUCGGGAAAUAUCACAAUAUUGUCGAAAAUAAGAAAACCGGUUCCAGUAUGAUAGCCCAAAAGAAGCAAAUUUGGGAACGAAUCACUUCCGAGUAUAAUCAAAAUCCAAACGUAAAAAAGCGGUUGACAAAGCAGUUGAAAAAAUUGUGGGAAAAUACCAAGGCGAAAAGGAAAACCAAACUAAAGUCGAGCAGUACCACUUCACUGCUUUCUACAACAAUUGACAAUGUCACUCCAACACUCGAUACAUCAACUCACGCCGUCGAUAUGAACGACAUGAAUGACGAAAUACAAUACGAAGUGAAUGAACCACCUGUCAGUACUGCAAAGACAAACAAUUACGCUUGUAAUGACGACAAUCUGGAAGAACUUUUAACACCAGUAAUUUCGUUGCGUGCGAAAAAGAUCGAAGAAGCAACCAAUCAGCAGAAAGAAAUCCAUUUUCUAGCCACACAACGCGAACAAUUGCAAAUCAAAGCGCUGGAAAAUCGUAUAAGUCAGCAGGCCGAAUUGCAUACGAUCAAGAUUGAGCAAGAAAAGGAAUUCCAUCAGUUGCGGAUGAGUCAAGAGAAAGAUUUGUAUCUGCAAAAGAUGCGAUGGGAACAGGAAUUGCAUCAGUUGAGGCUACUCGAUUACAAUAAAGUUCAAUCGUCCGCGUACUCAGUUAUGUAUAAACAGUGAUGAAUGUUCAAAUCUCCAAGGCUGUAUACUUUGGGGAGGUCAAGCAGAUACAGAUACGCGGGUUACACACCACAGU